AUGUUGGGAUUAAAAAAGGUGGCACUCCUGCUGUCUGUCCUGGCUUCAGUGGCUCUGGGCCAAGGUGAGUCAAACUACAAACUCAAUUUUUCUUUACAAAGAAUUACAUAAUUUUCACAGGGAAUGAUUCAAACACAACCAAGUGUAUAAUGAAUUAUGUUUGGAGUUGUAGCUAUUUUUCACCUUGUCAUUAUUAGUAAUCACAAACUGUGUGAGUGAGAGGCCAGAGCACAUGUGCACAACCUGUAGACUCCUCCGUGUUGACGACAUUUCCUUUUGGAUGUCAGCGCAGACGGACUCUCAGGAAAAUGUCCCGUGAUGAGCUCAUGUGAUAAGAGUGUGCAUGGGUAUUACCGUGUGUUAAUUUAUAGACCAUCUCAGUAGCUCUUAAUCCGUGAUGCUCAGACACCAGCACAUUUCAGCACCGGGCUAAUCAACAACAUGUGGCGAUGGAAAAGGAGGUUAAGGGGAGGAGGAAAUCUGUGGAGUGAAAACCCUCAUUUGGUGCCCAUGUGCUCUGGUAUGAAGAUAAAAAAGCAGGCUAUGGUGUUGGCGACACUAGGGCACUGGUGGUACCACCUUUUAUUGUAAUCUAACGACAAACUGCAGCUGCCUUUUGGGGAAACCAGAGCCAUGGUGUGCCAACUUUAUGAUCCCAAAAAAAGGAAUUCAAACUUUGGAUACUAAAUUCUUGUUUUAAACUUCUGCAUCUUGUCUUGGACAGAUCAGAUGAUGCUUCUCUUUUUUUCCAAAUCGAAAAAAAUCCCCCUCCCUUAUUUUCUCUUAUCAUCAUUUGGAAGCACUCUCCAUUAAUGACACCAGUAGUAGCACUUUUUUUUCCAAAGCUGUCCCAUUCUGUCCGCCUUACAGCUGCUCUCCAUUAACAGGAGCUGGCAGUUCAUAAAAGCAAAUGACUGUAAAUACACCUUAAUAGUCUCCAUAUCUUGUUGGCCUGGAGGCCGCGGAGUCGUAAAAGUCUCCCAGAGGCUCUGCGCCAUUUACUGAUGAGUUUAUCAAUGACAGUUUGGUAGAAGCAAAAAGGAGGUUAGCGCAAAAGUGGUGAAUCACAUUGACUUGAACUGGACGGAAAAGUGUGCCACAGCUGCAACUGAACGCCGACCUUAAAAUGGACUGUAAAAUUUUACACCCUGGGCCGAGCUCCUUUAGCAUUACAUCCCCAUCUUGCAGUGAGCUGGUGCAUUUUUGUCCUCAUUUAACCCCAGGAAGUGGUGCCACUGGCCCCUAAAGAUAUAAACCUGGUCACCUUGGUAGCAAGAAGCAAUAAUCACAAACCAAGUGGCUCAUUUUCCCACCUGCUGCGUUUGUGCUUGGUUAAAUGAGAGAGUGGAAUAAAAGGAGGGGUAGAGUGCACAGGUAAAAUGACUUUACCGUCCACUGGCCAGCAUGUCACUCUUUCCUUUCUCCUUCUUGAUGGCCGUCUCAACCCUCUCACUGCGUUUCUUUCACCAUCAAAGCGACGCCUGUGUGUCUCCAUCCGUCUGCUUGUCUUCAUUUGCUCACUUAUUAUUUCCAACCUGUUUCCCACAGGUAUUCCUUCACACUCCCUAUUUCUGCCUUUCCACAAGUUUUAUUUUUUUUUUUUUACCCCGCUUUAUUCCAUCAAACGCUCUCUCUUCGCCUUGUUCUCUGUCACUCUCUCCAUACACCUCAGAGCUCACAGGAUUUAUGAGCUGUUUGCUCAUUUGAAGGUGGCAGCUGUAGCUGAAUACCUACUGUAACAGCAGCAUUACCAACUCUUAGCACAAGUCCUGUUUUCAGCUCUUCACUUACUGUACUCUUACUGUAUUCAGGCCUGUCUAACCAACCAGAGGAACUGAAGUCUCCUCUUGCGUGAUUGUCAAGCAAAACUAGGUGGUGUGUGUGUGCGUGUGUGUGUUUUAGCAGCUGGAGGGCUACUUCUCCAGAUGCUGACCACUGUCUGCUCUAAAAAACUGAGCUGUCUGGCCAGCUGACUUUAAUGACUGAGACAGAAAUUACUGGGGAUUAAAUGAAAAGGCACAAAUUCCCAUUAAUGACAACCUCAAAACCGCACAACAUAUUUCAUUUCCCCUGUGAAUUUAUGUGUCGUGCAUGUGUGGAUGGACCAAGAUGUUAUUUAUUGCAGGGCUACUCUGCUGCUUUCAAUUGAGCAAUUUCUUGCUCCGGGCUGUGUACCUGUGCACAGGUGCAGAGGUUCAUCUGAGGACUUCCACAUAUUUUUCAUGCAGAUAUUCAGAAAUACAGGCCGACUGUGUUUUUAAUAGCAUCCUGGAGAAAACAGAAAGCCUUUGUAAAUCCCCGAAUCUUGCGGUUUAUUUGCAUCAUUAGUUAAUGUCGAGGACGAAAUUGUUGUUUCAAGAAUUUUAAUGAGCCGCAGAUGUUUAAGAAAUCAGACUUGGAUUUAUAAUAACAAGGAACAUAAGGUUUAAAAAGACAGAGAUAGGUUCAAGGAGAAGAAGCAGACAACAUACACCUCAGUGAAAAAACAAGCCAAACAUAUAAUCUCGGACAUCACUGAACACCUCCUUUUUUAUCAAUUCAAACAGGCCAACACUUCAACAACAAAUUCUGAACAGCUUUGUUUUCUUAGGGAGCUUAACUCUGUCCAAAAGUUUGCACAACUUUAGGAGGAUGGGUGUCUUCACAUCGUUUACUUCUUGUAAGGAUCUGGUUUAUUAUAAAAUGAAUCCAGACCCGUCUGUUUGCCAACAUGCAUCUGUCAAAGCCACAGCUCAAAAACCUUUGUGGUGCAAUUUCACAAACUCCCAGCAUCUUCCCUUCCUCAGCAGCUUUUUAUUAGGCUCUGGUGGAAUCUGAAAACUCUUACUCAGAAACUGGACUACAGGGAAGCUGCCACUUGUAAAAGUGCUGGCGAUUAUUAAUAGAGGAUGUGUCUUUGUGUUGCCUGGCUAUAAGAAGACCUGCUGUAGAUCAGAAGCUUCCACUGUGACGUUUGUCCUUAAAUCCAAACAUAGUGCUCUAAAAUAAGAGUUGCAGUUGUCACAGCAGACUCAAAGAGGGUUAAAAACCACAAUGGGGGGCCGUACGGCUUCAACUGUAAUCCAGUAGCUAUGUUUCAGACAUGUUACUAACAUAGUCAGGAAUUCAGGUGCUCGGAGCAUGUCUAUAACUGGAACCAAGUCUUCAAACUUUUGCAGAUUUACUUCUCCGUUAAUAUAUUCAAGCACCAGUUAUGUAUCUUGUUACCAUGUUCAUGGUUUAUGGGGGUCACAGUGAGGUUGGCUAAGGUUUAUAAUAACCAGCACAUGUGGGGGUCCGUGUCAAAGGUGAAACUGCAAGAGAAGAGUGAUAUAUCCUUAUGUACGUUCCAAAACAUGUUUGAGCAAAGCAUAAAUUCCGAAACGCAAAGAUAUAAAUCAACAAAAAACAGUCCAGAAAGCAAACAAAUCAACAUAAUCUGUCCAUUUUCAGUGAGAAAGCUCUCAUUAAGACCAUCGGUUCAGGAAUAAAUUACUUGAGAGGUGUAAGGUGAGGGAUAAUGUAUGGUAAAUUGGUGGUCACGCAAAAUAAAAGUCCAAUGAGGCGAGCAGAACCCUGGCAUGAAGUGAGACGUUGAACAUUGAGCGAGGUGAACAAGACUCCCACAAAGAUAUCUGCCAUUCCCUGGAUUGCAGGAUAAAAUGUUGCUCCACUUUUCCCUACCAGAGAUGGCUCAGGCCCAGUGGCUCCUUAGGCUGCUGUCAUAUCUUCAUUAUUUCCUCACUCUGAAGACCAAUUCGAGACAGAAACUUUUUAUUUUUCCACAUUUAUUGACUCAGAAAGCCAACAGAUACAAAAACAAAGUGUCAAGAGACAGACGUGAAAUGUGCUGGACUUGCUUCAGCAGAUUGAUUUGAUUUUAUUAAAAUCAUAAAGAUGUUCCAAACAAUCCCUUUGCUGAUGAAAAUGAGGAUUCAAUCAAUGACAGUCAACUAUAUCAAAAAGCCAAAGUGUUUAUAUCCGUAUGGAAGCGCCAACACUGGUUCUGUAUUCAGUUUUUUACUGUCAAAUGUUUGGACCCCAGUAGUUGCCUUUCUGACAUGAUUCUGUGACACCAAAGGUUAACCAAUUUAACAAACAGUCCAUAAACUAAAAGACAAACUCCGUCUUUUCCCAAUGAGCAUAUUGGCAGAAGGUUUUAUAGAUACUUUUGUGACCCAUCCAAAAUUGUUAAUUACUGCUCAAAAAGAGAAAAACUCAGUAAAACAGGAGCACACAUAGCGGCAUUUGCAGGUUUAGUUGAGAGUGGACUUUUGUAGCGCUGAAGAGGAAAUCAUAAGCUCUAACCUUGCCCCCUCUGGCUUAAAAAAUGUGUUAUUUUCUCCUUCAUGAGGUAAAUGUCCUCACAUACCAGCCAUAUGAAGCAUACCCCCAUAAAACCUCACUGCUUUUAACAUUCAUAAAGUGUUAACAUGCUAGUCAAAAAGCACAAUAAGCUCUGUGAGUCCGUCUCAGGACUCGGGCCAGCUUAUAUCUGCCAUAACUUAGGUCACUACCCCAACAAUUGCCUUCUGCUUGAGCUAAUCCGGGUUUCCUCUUUUAACUUUCGAAAACCAUUAGGCACCUCAUAAAACUCGAAACAAGGAAUCAUUCGCCUAUUUAGCUUUCAUUUGCAAACAUCUUGAAGUGAUAAUCAGGAGUGAAAUGGUUCUGCAGUGAAUUCUCUUUGUUUAGGUGUGAAUGAGAAAACAGACUGUUGCGCAACAAGAGCAGAAAAAAAACCAUUUGAUAUAUUCUUGGCAACAAAUGUUUCCACUUUAGAGCAUGAAGGGUAAUUAAUUAGCCACAUGUUUGGAAGUGAAAUUCAAUCAAAUUAAACUAAAAGCUCGUUUUUUUUCCAUUUUACCACAUGCUUUUCCUUAGAAAAGUUAUUAAAAGUUCUCAGAGCUAACGUCUGAGCAUGCAACUUGAAAAUGCUUUUAAAAUCAGUGAUUGCAUGUUGUAUUAACAGAUAUUCAGUACAGAGUAAGUAAAAAAAAAAAACUCUUUUAGAAAUGCUACCAGCCUCAAAACGGGCACAGAAUCCAGAGGACAAAAGAAGUAGGGUGGAAAAACUAUUCAAUUUGAUUUACUAAACUAAACCUGAAAGCAGAGCCACAUCUGCCUGGCAGAUCAGUGUGAAAGCAUUUGCUUCUGUUUAUCCAGUGAUUCCAGUGUAUCAGAGAGACAAAGCCUAUGUGGAAACCUAUCAAUGCUUUCAGAAAGCCAGAGGCACAAUAAAGCAUCGUAAAGGUCAGACGACUGUCUGUAUCUGACCUGAAAACUUAUGUAAUACAUUUUUGGACAGUCUAUCUUUGUUCUAUUGAGCUACUGCCCUUCUUUGCUAAAUCUAUCAAAAAACUUUAGAGGAUGAAAAGAAAUGUGCUGGCAUGACAAGAAAGACUUGAAGUGAGCCGUAAAACCAGUGUGGACUGGGAUUGAUACUGGCCUCUGUGCUGGGACUGUCUGCUCGUAAAAUCGGCAGCGUCUCUCCCAAAGUGCUAAGUGUUUGCACGUAUCGCACGCACACACAUGCACGCUAAGUUUGCGCAAGUUUCUUUUUGUUUCUUCCAUGCAUGCGCCAUGACACUUAUGUUUUCCGUGCGGCCUAUGUGACAUCCCGGAGAUGAAAUGUCAAGCAAACAAGUGACGUUUUUUUGAAAACAUGACAAUUUUGUUCUGAAGGAAAGUGAAUCAUUAGACUUCAAAGCCUGAGGGAAAACAUGACGUUGAGCCAAAUUCACAAUGAAUGUUGAGUUCCUCGUCUAAUAAGUCCUUUCAUCAAGUCAUCACACAUGUCUGAGGAUGAUGUAAGAAUGACUCAGUGAGACAGGCAUGCUGUGUGUGUGUGCAUCAUGUCAUUAAUCCAUAAGAAAAAUAAAAUCUGCAAAGAAUUGAUGCAUGAAAGUGUGUGUGUGUGUGUGUGUGUGUUUGUGCAUGUGUGCGCUCUGUGAGAGGUGAUGGAGCAAGUUUAUGUGAAGUUUUCUGGCUCAGCUGCACGCUAACAGAUGACUCGGCAUGCGCUGAUUUGUCACAGCUGGAGCUUGAUUAGCAUCCUCAGCAGCGGCGGCUUGUUGAUAGAUCAGGAGGAGAGGGGAGGACAGGCAGGGAGGACGGGGGAGGCAAUCAGCUGGGGGAUGAAGAGACAUGACAAAGAGCUUGACGGGACAAGAUGGAUGGAGAGGAUGUUCCACAGUUUGGAUUGAAGAGCGCAGGGUGUUGCCGCCAAAGUGAGAGAUUGAAAAAGAUUGAAAGGAGCAGAUAGAGCGGGAGCAAAGUGAAAAGAGAGAAAGGGCACAGAGUAGAUGUGGCGUUAUUCAACAGCUGACAUACAUCUCAGAGGAAAGGGAAAAACGGACAGAAAAACGGACAAAGAAGCUAACAGUUUUCUCCCUUUAGUAGCCCCAGAAGUCCAGUCAUUGUUUCAGCUCAUAAAAAAGGGCAGAGGGGCCUGUGGCGAAAACGAAUUAAGUGAAAAAUGUAGGGAAUAAAAUGAAAAGGGCAAAGGAGAGGCGUGUAAUAAGAAGAGCCAAAACCUCUUAUAGGAUGGAGAGAGUCCUUUUUUUCCUCUCUGUGUUUAAAAAAAAAAAAAAAAACAACAAUGAAUUGGAUUUGCAGGCUGUUUGACACGAUCCAGACUUUUUUUUUCUUAUUUUAAAAUGAAUAUAAGUGUUCAUGUAGCAGAGUGAAACUCUAGGGUUUUGGAGUAUAAAAUAAAAAAAAAUAAAGAUAUAAUAAAUAAAAAAAUAGCAAAGGAAACAAGUCAAAGGAUGGACUCUCUGUUGUACUACUUUGUAUUCUGAUGUUUCUUCUCUUUUUUUACAGGACUUGUGAGGACCAGGAACCAGUUAGACAGAAGCAGGAGAGCAGCCAUCAAUGGUUUCACUGACACAGGAUCAACAGGUAUUGACUCUACCAAAGCUGACUUUGUGGAUGGGUUUUAAAAAAGGGGGAAGAAAGGACAGUGAGGGUCUGAGUGAAAGAAGAGGGGAAAAUAAAGAACAAUGCGGUUUAAAAAAAGUAGAGUUUAUAUCUCUGUUUAAUCCCAAAGCAAUAAAAAGUUUUUUAAAAGUUGAUUAAAGUCUUAUCUGCUGAUUGGUCACACUUACAGCUGCCAGCAGUUAGCCAUUUUAUUGAAUUGGCAUACAUGUGUUGACUUUGGUGCAAAAGCUACAGACAAAUUGAUAUAGGUGUAUUGUGAAUUAGGUUUGACAAUCACCUUUCCACAUUAAAUAAACAGGUACACGACACAAACAUAUGCCUUCACACAUGCUUUUGUCCAUCCUCUCCCAUCAGUGCACGCUGAAUCACUGCUGAAAACUUUUGUUUACCAAAGGAGGAAUUCAUCACCUCUAGAGCAAAAGAUCUCAUCAGUUUACUUAUCCAUUCAUUUGUUUUCAAUCCCUCAAACGCUCUCUGAGGAUGCGCUCAGAUUUCGGAACAUGCAGCUGACUAAAAACCGAGACAACAUGUCUCAUCAUUCAGGCCAGGAGGUCUGGAAAGAACCAGGACAUUGCAGAGCUCCCUGGAGACAUUAAGUCAGUUUCGAAUGGUGGUAGCAGACCUCCUCUUAAAGUUUGUAACCCAUCCCAGCAGUUUUCCUGCAUCUUGUUUUUUCUUGGUUCUGACCCAUGUCUCCCCUUCAUGUAAAACUAGGUAACAGCCCCCCAAACUCCCCUCCUUCAUUUCUGGAUCCAAAGCUGAAUUGUUUUCUCUCUGUCUGACUUUUUGCUCUCAGGCGUGACAGAGUGGACGUCUUGGUUCAACAUCGAUCAUCCUGGGGGGAAUGGGGAUUAUGAGCGCUUGGAAGCAAUUCGUUUCUAUUACAGGGAGAGGGUCUGUGCGCGGCCCACAGCAAUGGAGGCCCGCACCACGGAUUGGGUGGCAGCGGCAGACACGGGUGAAGUGGUUCACUCCAGUCUGGAGAAGGGCUUCUGGUGUAUCAACAAGGAACAGCCUCAGGGCCGCAUCUGCUCCAACUAUCACGUCCGCUUUCAGUGUCCCCCAGGUAGCUCUUCAGAUAGCAGCUCAGGACAGAACACACUGUUAUUUCAAAGACGUAAACAUUCAACUAUCACAUGAUUGAAAGAGCAUUUACAUUUUUUUAUUGUACAGGAUUCAGGCUUGUUAUUUGUCUGCUUUAGCCUGAUUUUAGCCUGUAACAUUUUGUUCUUCAACGUGGCUUUAGUGCAGAGCUUCUGGACCGACUGGAGCAAGUGGGGUCCCUGUUCAACCACCGUUUGUGAUGACGUUGGCAUCCAGGUCCGUCAGAGGAAAUGUGUGAACACCCAGCCCAUGCCUCUCCUGUUAGUACCGGCGUGUCUGGGGCAUCAUUCAGAAAGGAGGGCGUGUUCCAACCCUCCAUGUACAGGUGAUACUUACCAGAUCUCAGCUUGUGCUAAAACUCUUGGUCAUGAAAUAAUUGCAUGUGAAAUAAAAAUCUGCUGUGGUAAUGGAAGCAAAAGUGUAGCGACACACAUCGAAAAUCUUCGGGUCACUUUGCGCCUCCAUUUGUAGUCCAUUUGUAGUUCCAGUGGUUCCAUUUAGUUGCAUGCAGGGAAACAAUCAUAAUUAAGAGGCUUUAUUUAGACUCAGCAGCUAUCCUGUGAGAAUGUUUUAGUCUUUUCUAAAUGUCUUGUACAACACAGCAUUUUCCAUAAACACAUCCCAGCUCCAACACUUCUCUCUCAAAUUCUAAUUGUCCUGUAAACACAUGGUGGGAUAAGUCUUCACCCAGAUAUCUAUCUGUUAUCUAAAUAUCUACCGGCUACAGCAGAAGCCUGAAGAAACUGGUCCUUGCCCGCAGAAUCUAAAUCAUUGUCAGUCCAGGGAUAUCUAAGCGAUGCUUAUCUGGUGACGGGCAACUUUAUUAUCUGCUUAGCCAUGAGACACAGCAGGAUACUUCCUUGUUUAAAGCUGUCUUUUAAAGACUGAAAGCAACAGGAACAAAGAAACAAAAAGGAAAAUAUUGACUACAAACCACUGGUUGCUGAUCUCGUCAGUUUUAGUCAGCACUUGUGUGGCUUACUUUUGUACUGAACUAAAAGUCCCCAGUUAACAUGUUUUGUAGCUUACAAAACAGUCUGCCCAUCAUAGACUGUACAUAGAAUUGACGACAUCUGCCUCCUCGUUGAGUGAAGCCACCCCGAGAAUAGCACCCUCUGGUGACGGGCUGCAGUAUAGGUCAUAGAUCCCGCCUCCUCCAUCAAUCUUUAUGGAGCUGUGGACAAACUUUAGAAAUUAAUUACACAGAAUAUACAUUUUUCUCCCCCCUGCUUGUGAUGUUGACAUGUAGUUACAGUAAGACUGGUUUGUGCUCAAGUCCCCUUUUUUUCUGUACAGCUCCAUUUUUAAAAGUUAUUUGGAGGUUCUUGUUUUCUAUGAUUGACACUUGAUACAGCCUAUGGGCGUCAGAACAUUGCGUAUCUCAUCCGGCGGAUAUGCUGUUUGAGCCGAGCGUCAUCACAGCGACUCUCACCAACUCUCCAGCCGAAUGCUACUGCGCAAGUGGUGGAGUGUGUACAAUGCCACUGCGCAAUGUUGGUUUCAGGAAGUGGAGAAAAAAUGCAGAAAUACAGAGAGCUUUUCGGCUUUAAAUCUGUAUACUGGAAGAAUCCAGUAUGGACAACCAAGUUGUACAUAGUAUAUACAGUCUAUGCUGCCCAUACACUACUUAAAUAGAGACUAACAUAAACAUCAGCACUUCCAAACUACUAUCUGUAAAAUGAUUACAAUUCCUGUGCAAGCCUUUCCCUCCCCCCUCCCACAUGCAUGGUUUUUAAGUAUAUUUGUCUAUUAGGGAGUAGCUGAAUGCUAACCUUGGCUGUGAUUUGAUUUUAACAGAUGGGCUGUCAAAUCCAGUUGACGGACAUAUUUGAUCAAAAUAUGGCCCAAUCGCUCAUCUGUGUUUUUACUGUUUAUUUUCUGUGUCGCUGCUUAUCAUACAGUGAGCUGUGAAAUGGCCACAAUUAGUCAAACUAUCAAGGUUUGUAUGAUUUAUGACCUGCACACUGUAAUAAUACAUGAGACUGUUAAUCCCUGAACAGAUUCAAGUUAUUCUCUGUAGAGUUUGAAUUACAGGAAUGAGAAAAAAACUAGCGUGCAGUGCUUGUUGGAAACCAUUGUCGAAUCUGUCUCUCUCUUUGUGAUCAGCCAAGUGGAGUCCAUGGGGUCGCUGGGGAACGUGUUCAGUGACCUGUGGAGGGGGUCGUCGAAUACGACGGAGAACCUGCAUACGAAACUCAGAGACAGUUUAUUGUACCGGACGGCCUGUGGAAAUGCAGAAAUGUGGGAAGGGUCCAUGCCCAGGUAUUUUAAGUGUGUGGUGUUUAACUUACACUGUUUUUUGCUAGUCUACAUCUACACCUGUCUGUUCCAACAUUCUGUGUCCUCAUCCCCACAGCCAAAUGUCAGCUGGUGUGCACUGAGGGUCGACCCAGCGAGGACUGUAGCAGAUGUGUUUGUCAAGGUCAUGUGCUGCAUGGAGAAGUCUUUACAGUGACUAAUGUGCCCGUGGCUGGAGCUUGGGUGGCUCUGGCCAGUCAGCCUAAGGUGAUCCGAGCACGUACAGAUGCCAAAGGUCAGUUCAGGAUCCCGGGAAUUUGCUCCUCCACCUCUACGUUGAUAUCCGUCAGGAAAGAGAAGUUUGCUCCUGUCACUGUGUCCACCACCAGCAACAGCACAGGGUUGUCAUGGGUACAUGCUGUACUCAAAUCUGCUGGUAAGUCGACCUUCUCUUCAUUAAAACCACAUUUACCAUCCAAUUAUACAUGCAUUUUAUAUGUGUAUUAAAAAUAUACAAGUUCCUGUCUUUAUUGCUGCAGGCACAAGGAUUUAGCAUAAACUUAGGAUACUACUUGUGGUUCCUCUAACAAGCUGUUUUCAUUAUCAAAGUUACCUCAAUCCCAUUUACAUUAUAUUAAAACACAAGUAAAUUUUCCAGUUUCUGAUGCUUAGGCUGUGAAAAAACAGGAGAUUGAUAAUAUUACAGCAUAAACAGUCUGGCCUAUUGAAAGACUUCACACUGUCUGAGCCACUUUCCUACUUUAUUGCAUUGAGACCAAAUAAAAACAGGCAUCUGCUACUUUUGACAGAGUAAAAAUCUCCCAACAACCGUAUUUCAUAAGCCCACAGACCAAUGUGAGGAUAGAAUGAAAUGUUUGACUGAGUUUUAUUAGGUCUCAAAACUCUGCAGCAGCCAUUAACAUUACUCAAAGUUCGGUCUUUAAGUCUCACUCCUCUCUGCUUUUUACAGAAAAGCCGUACAUUGUGAAGCACCCAGAGGACAAAGUGCGUUACGAGGGGGGACGGGUGCUGCUGUGCUGCAAGGCAACUGGAUCACCAUCACCUGAUAAAUACUACUGGUGAGAUGACUGAUGGUGCUGGCGCUUUAUCAAUGACACUACAACACGAAGGAACAGCUAGCAUCUCAGUAUUCAUGUCAGAUUUCUUUUCCUAUCAGGGGCCCUAAAAGUUCUGAUUUUACGUGCAGUGAACUGAGAUAAUGGAAGCAUUUUUGGACCUCUACUUGGGCUCCAACUGAUCCUUUGGCAAGAGAUUUUAAGUGGCUGCAAAUUCAACAACUACAUUCACUCUACACCCUCUUGCCAUUAGGUUCUUGGCAGGUAGUGGACAUAAAGUAUCUUAAAGGUCUCUUGCUGCCAACAUCAGGCUGCUGCAGUAAAAGAACAGUGCUGAUGAGACUAAGCUGUAACAAGAUACGGCAGAUCUCACAGAGGUUAUUGUAAUAUUAAGUCUGGCUCUCAGUGAACUGAUGAGGGACAAAUGUUUUAGCCCGCUCAGGCGACUGAUGACUGCUGGAGGGAGAGCACACGAUCAGCACCGCUUACCUUCAGUUUUUCCAACAUGUCUUGGACUUAAGCCAGUUUAGUUCUGUAGGUUUCUGCAUGGACCAAUAGAAGUGACCUUACCUCUGACCAGUUAAUUUGACAGGCAUGUUUGAUGCUUUGCAGAGGUAAUGACACUCUGUGCAGAUGUGAAUAACUGCCUGUCUUUCAAACUUUCUGCUGUUGUGUCGACCGUCACAUCUCCUCUGCCUUUACAAUACCCCUACUGUUCAUAAGCAUACUGCAGCUUGAUUCCACAUUGUGUAAUUUUUUAAAGAUGUGCACAGUCAAACCAUUCAGGCGGCCAUUUUGCAAUUGCAUGUCUCUGGCCUGUAAGGAUGAUGCCGUAGGAAAACAACAACAUGUUGGAAAGAUACAGAAUCCUAUGAUGUGGUUGAGAAAUACCCCACUGAUUCAUCAAUUUAAUAAUCCACAGUGACAAAAAACACUGGGAUUAAACAUACAUUUAUCUCAGUUUGUAUGUGUAGCCAAACAAAACUGAGAUAUUCUGUUGGUUGGAAUGACCUCAUCUCUGCUCGUACAUCAUCUCUGCCUCUUGCCAAACAUAUAUGGUCAUUUUCAGACCGGAUACAGCGCUGACCAGCUGUCUAGUGUGUAGGACAAUGGCCCAAGAAUCCCCAAGUCAGAGUGAACUCAGCUCACACCAUCUGCUCAAUAGAUAACAAUCCAUCCUCAGGAGCUGCAGACUGUUUUGUGUUAGUGAGUUGAAUUGUGGCCCGGCAGGCGUGCCUGUUGAUUUGGGGUGAUUUGCGCAGUGGGGUGGGGAUGAGUUGUUUUAUUACUGAGGUUUUAUUGAAAGCCAAUAUUUUCUUGAUGGGUACAUGCACUUAUCGUUGUUGCUGCAGAUAUCUCCCUCAAAAGUACUUGUAAUCCACCUGCUAAUUAGAAUUUUUACCAUUCAAACGUCUUAUCUUUAUUUAAAAAUUGCAUUUACCAGCAUGCAGUAAGUAAACUAUGUACUUUCUUGUUUUUCUGUCUAAUUUUGAAGGUACCACAAUGGGACUCUGCUGGACAGGAAGGUGUACAAGUAUGAAGAGGACCUUGUGUUGCGGGACUUGAAGCUAGAGCAGUCAGGGCAGUACUACUGCAAAACCAGCAGCCCUGCAGGCAGCAUCAAAUCCUCUCCAGCCUUACUCACUGUGAUCGGUAUGUAUGGAGUCAGAUCUCUCAAGACAAGCAUACCCAUGCAUCAGAGUUCGCCCAGCUGGCACUGGGUGGAUUCAGGGUUCAUCCUGGGCAGUGCUCCACUAAAUAAAUAAUAAAAGAUGUGGUAACACUCUACAUUAAGGUCUUUGUAAUAAGCAUUAACUCAUCAUUAAUCAUCUACUUGUAAGACUUCAUAGGAAACUUCUAGACAUUUAUAAAGUUCUAUGAGUGUUUUUAAAAGCCUAACUAACACAUUUAUUAUUGCUUUUGAAACACAAAGACCUUAAUAUUAAGUCUUGCAACACUUGGUUGGGUUUUGGAAGUAAAGAUGAACAAACUAGACCAAUAAAGAAAAACUGGUUUAUUCAGCACUCAGUAUUAAAGAGUAAAAAAACAUCCAUCUCUUUGCUGAGACUGUGUUCUCACAGUCAGGAAGAUACAAAAAAACUAGCCUCAAGUCAAUGUCGCGGUGAUGUAAUUUAAACUGUAAUUCAUCAUCAUCAGCCGCUAGAAAAACUAAUUAACCAUGAUAACAGCAAGCAGAAAACAGGGAUUAUUGCUUCGAAUGGCUGCUAUCCCAGCUCACUUGACAAUGACGUAUUGAGUCAAAGUCCCGUACAGGCUCAAGUUAAACCACCAUCUAAAAGCAAACAACCACAAUUCAUCUGACUGUGUAAAGAGCUGCUGCCUCAGACAUCGAAUACACACUUUAUAAGGAAUGUCAGCGCUGAGCUCAAACUUAGUCAUCCAUGAGACAUGGCAGUGCAUUAAGAGGAUUCAAACAAAACCACAGUGUACUACAACCCAAAGAGGGAGAAAAGCCAGUUAAGAGGCUGUCAUUAGGAAAAAAGAAAAAAAUUACCUUCAAAGCAAGUAGGAAAAUUAAAAUCUAUCAGGGCUCACAUAAUCUGGUUGCUCUUGGGGAAGUUAGUUUUUAUUAUGUUUACUUUGGUUGGAGUUCCAGCUCUCUAAACUGGGAUUCUUUAUUGUCUGAGAUGGAUCUGGACACUGUAAAACCUCAAACCCUGUUUCUUCAGAACACCCAGUACUGAGGUGAAAUCCAAGUUUGUCAAUAAAUCCUGUUUUUUUUUCUCUCCUAGUCAGACAAGUAUGCUUUGCCACAUCCGUGUGGGAGGACUACAGAUUGCUUAUAUCCUUCAGGGGCUUGUUAGCCAAGACACAUAUUAACAAACAGGGUUUUCAUGGAUUUUCUAUCUGAGGUCACGUGCCAAUCCUCUCACUCCAAAAGUUGUUAUGUCAGUGGACACAUUGUGCAUGCAAACACCUCAGUCAAAGAGCAGGACAAAAAAAAGUUGCCUCAAUCCUUUAAGUCAGCAGUUUCUUCUCAAAUUUGUCAAUAUGCAAGGAAUAAGGCUACACCACAACUGAUCAAAUAAAAAGUCAUAUAAUUUACAAUAUGGAAACUGAAAUCCCUGUUGGUAAAGCCAUCAGCGGUGCUGUAAUGACAACUCAUAAACACUGCAAAACUUGUUUGUCUGUAAUUAUUGACUAACUCAGGAAAUGGUGAUACUUGCCUUUAAGCUAGAUCAUGUCAUCUACAUAAAAUUAUCCUGCCAGUGUCUAUGUGACCAACACAUUUCUUAGUCAGUCAACCCACGCUGAAUCGGUCAAAACUUUUUUGCAGCAGCACAAUUGUUUGACCUCCGAACUCUUAGCAGAUGAACUUUACACGCUAAAACUAAGAAGCCGUUAGAGAAAAUGAUAAACCCCCUAGUCAGAGCUCGUAGGUUCAUGCUAGGAUGGUGGUAGGGCUGAAACACUGUUACAACGCACUUGUUCACCUUAGCUUUUGACGGAGUAUGAUACUUGUAUUGUUUUUAUUUACAUUUAUAUGUUACAUGUCUUUUGUUGCUGCUGUUUGUUGUGUAUGACUUGCUUUUAUUGCUACUGCUUCGUUAUUGUAAAGCACUUUAGAAGGCCACUGGCUGUUUAAAUGUGCUAUACAAAUAAAAUUGACAUUGACAUUGACAUAGACAAGUCAGAAGUGGCAUUGACAAAACAGGGCUAGAGAGUGGAUAUCAUAUAGACCACCUAAUUCAAAGGAUAUACCUGUGAGGUGAUUGCGAGGCAUGACACAUGGAAAACGUGAGAUCAGUACAGCUCAGGUUGCCUGCCUGAACCAGCUUGCAGAGGUCACUCCACUUAUUUCCAGCUCUCAUAGCUGGUCAAUAAACAUUCUAUUACACUUGACAAUUUUAUUCUCGUUUUGGCCACAUACAGGUACUCUCAGAGCAUGCAGCAUACAUUGUAUGUAUGUAUGCAUUCAUUUAUAAACUUCUUGGGCAUAAAUAAUGUUUUAAUUGCUGAAUUUAUAAAGGCCAGUGUAUUAACGUUCCACUUAUUCUAUUUCACUCAUGCAUUGAGUCACAAUUGCCCAGUACUCUGCAGUCUUAGACUAAAAAACUGAUACACUUGACAGGCUUUAGAGAACAGGCUUAGUGUUCAAAUAGAAAGUUUACAGAGGCCAACAAAGCCAGCUGUACUGCAGUGGUCCAAAGGAUCUUCACCAGGAGCAGCAUGCUUCAAGCUCAGAAAUUACACACAAUCAUCAACACAUUCAAAAGUUCAAAACCGCAAACUCUGCUGUAAAUAAAAAACAUGCUGCAAAGAGCUCAAAGUCCAUAAACAGUAAGCAUGAUGAAAAAAAACUAUAAACAAUGCACAAACACAGACAACACAUGCAAAAAGAAAAAUGUUGGAAAUCAAGACAUGACAAGAAGAUCUCCAGGUGUCUAGGGGAGCUCAGUAUUUAUAAAUGAUGUGAACAGUUAGACUUUAUUGAAACUCCACAAUACUAAUUGUUGAUUUAAAAAAAUGUUCAGAUGAGAAAUUGGCAUAUCCCAAUGACAGUGAAUAACAUUUAUAUCACUAAUUAGGGCUAAUUUGGCUCAAUGCCUAAUGUACACACUGUCCAGAGCCUGACAGCUGGCAGAGGCUGCUAAUAGUAUCGAUGUAAUUAACUCAUCAUAAUUAAAUACAGUGGCUUUAGCACAGCUGGCUGUACCUCCAAAAACAUUUCACAAUAAUGGUUGUGUUGGUUAUAACGUUGUGUUUUUCCACAUUAGUCAGUCAGGCCUGGCCCCCACCAAUACUCCUCUAAAUAGGUGUCUAUCAUAAUGGGAUAGUGAGUUUGCUGCCCCAUUUUCCAAAGAGAGUGACCAAUAUGUUCUUAACCACUGCAGUCCUCUUGCAUUCAUGAAAAGUUUUCCAUGUAAUAUUCAUAAAAGCAUGCUAACCCAUCCAACAAUUGUGUCACAUCAACACUAUUUAAAUGUCAUCUUUUUUUUAUUUUUCAUUUGCAGCUAAAGGAACACCAGCAUGCAACUCAACUCCUGAGGCUCACCUGAUCAGGCUACCGAUGGAUUGCGUUCAACCUGGGACAGACUCCAGCUACUACAACGCUGGCCGCUGCCCUCAUAACAAAUGUGCUGGCUCCCUGGACUUUGAUAUGCGCUGCAGAGAUGGGGAUGGUUUCUGCUGUGGGGUCCAAAGUAUGGAAAGCCGUACAAUUGACUGCGGGAGCUACAGUCUUCCCAUUCGGGCUGUGACGCAGUGCAGCUGUCAGAAGUGUGUCCAGCCGACGAUAUUGGUUCGUGGCAGGGUGGUCACAGCUGACAAUAAUGAACCUUUGCGUUUUGGGCACAUCUACAUUGGUAAAGAGAGGGUGGGUACCACUGGAUACCAAGGAAGUUUCACCUUAAAGAUUCCUCCUGACACAAAGAGGUUAGUGGUAAACUUUGUGGACCCCACUGAAAAGUUUCUUGACACUCCAAAGGUGUUCAUUUUUGAUAAGAAAAGUGGUGCCAUCUACCAUGAUGUGAAGGUCAUGAGAAAGCAGAAACCAAUUGAUAUUGAUGCAGCAGAGACCAACUCUAUUAGCCUGGGUGACAUAGAAGGGGAAGACCCUAUUGGUCAGUUGGUGAUACCCCCAAACUCUUUCCAUAAGGACAAUGGUGAAAUCUAUGAGGGAACUGUGAAAGCCAGCGUGACAUUCAUUGACCCAAGAAAUAUUACCACAGCAGCUGCAGCCCCUGGUGAUCUCAACUUUGUGGAUAAUGAGGGUGAUAUGCUCCCUUUGAGGACCUAUGGCAUGUUCUCUGUAGAUUUCAGAGAUGAGACCAAUAAGGACGUUCUUGGAGCCGGAGCUGUCCAAGUCCUCCUCGACACACAGCACGUCAAAAUGGAAGAGCACAUCCCAAAAAUGAAGCUAUGGUCUCUAAAUCCAGACACAGGAGUCUGGGAGGAGGAGAGUGACUUUUCCUAUACCACUACUACCUCUGGUGGUCAUGGGCGGAGCAAACGAGAGGAGCGCACAUUUCUCAUUGGCAACAUGGAGAUCAGAGAACGUCGGCUCUUCAAUUUAGACGUGCCUGAAAACAGACGCUGCUAUGUCAAAGUCCGUGCCUACAUGAGCGACAAGUUCCUACCUACUGAACAGCUGGAGGGUGUUGUGAUAAGUUUGAUAAACUUGGAGCCAAAACCUGGGUACUCUUCCAAUCCUAGGGCAUGGGGGCGCUUUGACAGUGUCAUAACUGGAUCCAAUGGAGCCUGUUUACCUGCAUUCUGUGAUGCCCAAAGGCCUGAUGCUUACACAGCUUAUGUUACAGCAAUGAUGGGUGGAGAGGAACUGGAAGCAGCCCCAUCCUCCCCCAAGAUGAACCCAAACAUCAUUGGAGUGUCUCAGCCAUAUCUAGACAAAAUAGACUAUCAGCGCUCUGACCAUGAAGACCCAGCUCUUAAGAAAACAGCAUUCAGAAUCAACCUGGCGAAACCAAAUCAAAAUAACCUUGAUGAAACUAAUGGUCCAAUCUAUCCAUAUCAGAGUUUGAUAGCUUGUGAAAAUGCCCCUGUUGAUGCUAAUCACUUCAGAUUCUUCAGAGUGGAAAAGGACAAGUAUGAAUACAACGUUGUCCCCUUCGAGGAGAAUGAUUUGACAACCUGGACAGGGGACUACCUUUCCUGGUGGCCAAAUCCCCAGGAGUUCAGAGCUUGCUUCAUCAAGGUCCGGAUUCAAGGACAGAAGGAAGUGAUGGUCAGGUCAAGGAAUCUUGGAGGAUCUCACAAGGAAACAAAAGGAAAACUUUAUGGCAUAAGAGACAUUCGCAGCACCAGGGACAUGCGAGAAGCCAACACUUCAGCAGCCUGUGUGGAGUUUAAAUGCAGUGGCAUGUUGUUUGAUCAGGCUGAGGUUGAUAGAUCCCUUAUAUCGAUCCUUCCCCAGGGGAACUGUCGCAAAAUAGGCACCAACAACCUCCUACAAGAGUAUCUCAUCAAACAUCCACCAGUAGCUCAAAACAACGAUUCCCAUGCAUUCACAAUGCUAGCUCCUGUUGAUCCUUUAGGACACAACUAUGGCAUUUAUACAGUCACAGAUCAGAAUCCCAGGUUGGCCAAGGAAAUCGCUAUAGGCCGCUGCUUUGACGGUACCUCAGACGGUUUCUCCAGAGAGAUGAAGUCAGAUUCUGGAGUGGCGCUGACAUUCAGCUGCCCUGAGAGGAAAAUUAGCAGAGAAAGCCUCUUCCAACGUCUGCAAACCAACCCGGGUCAGACACUAUCUCAAAUGGCGAGGGACAUGCGAGAAUCAGAGGGGCUGCAGGUACAGAGAUCAAGCACCCGAGUGGUGGCCUAUCCUUCAGAGCAGCGGACUGAGAGUCGCAGAGUCAGCUCCACGACAAGGAGGAGAGUGUCCAUGCGCACACAGCAACGCCAGUAGAUGUGCCAGCAGGUAAGCUGUGAUUUUAUAAUGAAUGUGUGAUGACAUUGACAGACUCAUUUAUACGUAUUUUUUCAUUUUAGGACUUCAGUAAAGACUGCUUUGAUGGCAUCAGGUUGAGGAAGUACAAGUUGCCCAUCUAUUGAUGAGUGUGAACUCCUCCUGACCAUGGACACCCCAAAGCCACG